AUGAUUCCGACUGGGAACCAUCGGCGUCUCACCGUGACGGCCCCGCUAGUGCAGCUCUUGUUACUGAUACCCCUCGUCAACAGUGCGGCGGGUCUCGCGCCCCCACCAAGGAGCGCCAAGUGUGAUUAUUCCAACGGGUUAUGGAUGCGAGGCGGCAAGCGCUUCCCGCGCUACACCACGACGGAUGGCCAGAAGCGUGUCAAGUGCCCGUACGUACGGAGCGAGUACUCGUGCGAGCGUAACAACCGGCCCGACUGGCAUUACAAGCUGUUCAGGUGGCAGCCGUACGGUUGCUCGCUGUCGUACUUCAGCCCGUCGGGUUUCAAGUUCAUAAUGAAGAACAAGAAAAUGCUGCUGGUGGGCGACUCCAUGAUGUCCAACUUCCACGAGGCGCUGCUGUGCGCCAUUCACACGGGCGGGUUCAGAGGACAGCCAUACACAGUGGACAUCGGCCUGACGAACAACAUCAAGGGCAUGCGCUUCCCGGCCUUCUCCUUCUCCCUCGAGUACUACAACUCGCCCUACCUCGUGCAGUCCCGCCGCCGCCAGACCACUGUCUCCGCCAAGCGCGGCGGGCACGGGUUUGAAGUCAACGUGGACAAGAUGGAUCCCAAGUUGGAGUCUAUCCUGGGGAAGUACAACGUUGUGGUCUUUGCCACGGGGGUCUGGUGGCUGCAGAACGUCCCGCGCCGCACGCAGCCGAAUAUUUUCCUCGUGAACGGGCAGGAGCGGAACCUUUCGAACGUGGCCGCGCACCAAUGGGGGCUCUCCACUGUGGUCAACUCCAUCAAAAACUUGAAUUUCCGCGGCGUGCCGAUGUUCCUCUCUUUCUCGCCAAACCACUCAGGUGCAAAAGGGAAUCCGCAGAAAGGUGUGAUGCUAGGGAGGGGGACCCAUGCAGACUGGAUUGGAGCAUGUGGGGCCUGGUAUCCUAUCAGCAGCACUAAAAAGUACUCAUAUUCUCUCGAUACUGCGAGCGAGUACAGGGAUGCGCAGAAGUCCACACUUUCUGGUACGCCCAUUCGAUUUAUUCAGGUGACUGAUUUGAGUGGGGUCAGGCCUGACGGGCACUUAGGCCCGUGGCACGAGCAGAGGGAGAACAAAGGAAGCAAGUCUCCUGGAGGGCAGGGGGAAUCUCCGUUCAGUGGGGACUGCACGCACUGGUGCUUGCCUGGGGUUCCCGACACUUGGGUUGAUAUGCUCUACACCCACCUGCUUCUGGAGCCAUCGAUCUUCUAG